GCCGUGAUAAAUUGUAUUUAUGUACAUUAUUAAAUACAUUUUUACUGAUAAAGUUUAAAGCAAUGUUCGAUUUCAAACUUUGCUCAAUGAAUACUCAUGGGUAAUAUAGGAGAAUGUAAAUAUAUAACAUACAAAAUAAAUUUGUGAUGGGAUAAGAAAAAUACAUGGAAAACUUGUUGAACUUAGGUCAAACAUUUUAUUAUUUUGUAUAAUAAAUCUACAGUUUUGAAGAUCUAUCAUGAUAUGAUUUGUUUAUCAAUUUUCUUUUUGAAGGAACCGAAAAAUAAAUAUUAAAAAGAAAGGAAAAUCAAUUUUACUUACAUAAUUAAAAAAUAAUAGGUUUAAAAAUUUUUAUUUUCGACUAUGAUAAAAACUAUAAUAUUGGAAUUAAGACCAAGGCUUCAAAUAUGUAAUACAUUUAUUUGUUUACAAAAGGAAAUAAAUUUAAUGAAAAUUAAUAAGCUUUUGGAAGAAAGUAUAGAGAUAACAGUAGAAAACAGUACAAUAAAAUGCUUAACAAAAUUUAUAAAAUUAAUACCAAAUUCAUUAUCAGCAUUAAAUGUAACAAAUAAUUGGAUCUGUUUUCGAGCACAAAUAAAGUCUGAUUCUGCUUUUGGGUGUUUUCAAACAGGAAUAGUUACUAAUUUAGUACCAAACAUUAAUAUUUUAAGAAACUCGACAGAUUUAAAAUUACUCAAGGAACAGAAUUGCAAUAUAAUAUGUGCAUGCUGUAAAAAUGUUCUUUCAAAGCAACUAUUUGUUAAAAGAAUAUUGCCAAUACCAGAUAUGAAUUAUGAUUUAAAUGAAUGGUUUUGUUGUAAACAUAAUCAUAUUACUGUUAGUCCAAAUUUGAUACCAUCAGAAUCUGAUAUUUUUUAUGGAUCAGUUUUUUUUAUCAUUCAUACAAAUUUAUUCAAUAACAAUUUAAAAAUAGAGGGAAACACUAUUCUUUGUAACAGGUGUUUACAGCAUGUAGGACAAACUUGUACAGACAGUUCAUUUAAAUUAUGGAGAUGCUCUAUAGACUACAAUUUACUGUGUGAUUUUAAGAUUAACAAAUCUUUUGCUACAGAUCCUUUUAUUGAUUUUUUAAUAGCUAUUAAAACUACAAUGAGUGGUAUGUUUGGUGAGGAAAUAAUUUUACAGUCCUUUGUUGGGAAAAACAUUUAUUCCCUUAUUCUGAAACCAAUGGAUUGGCAUUUAAAUUUAUUAACUGAGCCUAAAACAAUAUCAGAAACUAAUGUUGUAACCUUGCAAAACACAUCUGUUGUCAAAGUGUUAUACAAGUAUGAAAUCAGUAAAAGUACCAUUGAUUUUGUAAAUAAAACAUUUUGUGAAGUAGGAUAUUUAGUAAUAAAAGCAGGUUUAGAGCACUUAUUAUCAUCAACAAAACGAUUUCCACAGCCUCAUAGAACUGCUGCUGAUUUUUAUGUUGGACACAUUUGUUUAGAGAACCAUAAAUGAAAUUUUAUUUUAUUUUUUAUAUUUUCAAGGUAUAGAUAAUUGUUUU